UUCUAUUUUUUGGUAAUGAUGCUUAUUUGCCUUCAAGGACAGGUGAAUACCGAUGUCAAGAAAAUCUUGAGUCCUUGGGACACAGGACGUAUUGAGACCGUUACACAAAAUUUUCAAUGUAUUUUGCUAAAAUAUUAAAGCCUCUAAAGAGCACCACUUACGUGAAGGAGAAGGGUUGUCGGACAAUACUUUUUGGUUAAUUAAUCACCGACAAAUUGUUUUUAUUUUAUUUUCACUCGGACGCGAACUGUUGAUUGAUUUAUCGUGCCACUUGGGACAGCGAGAUAAAUUUGCAUACGACGUGAAGACAGUUUAAAUAAACAUAAAUUAAAACAAACGAAUCAACUGAACGCCAGAGAAUGACUGAUAAACACUGCUGAGUUACUGAGGAUUUCAUUACGAGCACUCAGAUCCGCCAAGUUAGGUGAAUAUGUCUUCAACAGCCGGCCUUGUGCUACUCGUUAUCACCGCGCUGUUUCUACUUCCUGCAAAAGGACGACAAGUUUUGACACUGGGCGCUAUUUUCUCCAAGAAUAGCACAGACCUCGAUGAGAAAAUUUUCAAGUUCGCCAUAAGCUCCAUCAACAAGCAGAACUUUCUUUCGAACAUAACUCUAAAUUAUUCGGUGAAGUAUGCUGCGCUGGACAAUUCGUUUGAGAAUAUUUAUAGUGCCAAUCAACUCAUCUCCGAGGGUGUGAUAGCAAUCAUCGGUCCCAGGACUUCAACGGCUGUAAAAGCCAUGCACUCGCUAUGUUCCAAGUUCCGCAUUCCUCAGAUCAGCGCCUCUGCCACAGACCCAGAGUUCUUUUACAAUAAGAAGCGCUAUCAGUACUUACUACGCAUGUCUCCGUCUGAUUUGAAAAUGAGCUCUGCCAUGAAGGAUCUGAUUAAACAUUUCAAAUGGGAGAGGAUGGGCAUUUUGACAUCAGCCACGGUUUAUGACAUGAAUACUCUCACGGAAUUCAAAGAAUUUGCUACACGAGAACAGUGGGAGAUCCUCGGCAUCGAACAUUUUCCGGUUACUCCCGGUAGCCCUAAGAUUAACGCUACAAAAGAACUGCAGAGCCUGAGAGAGAAGGGCGCACGCGUCAUACUGUUAAGCUGUUCUGCUAGUUAUGUACCACAAGUGCUGCAACAAGCGGAGCAACUAGAUAUGAUAACAGAAUGGGUUUGGGUCUUAACCGACAAAGCCAUUUCUAAGGUAAGAUGUUUUACUCUAGUCAGGCGGCAUAGCUCUUGAAUUGUGCGAUUUUAGAUACAAGCACCAAACUUUGUGGCGAUGAUUAAAGUUUUCAAUCAUAAGACCCCCGCGAAGUUGUUGUUUACGUUUUUACCUUACGUUUUUACGUUAUCAAUGCACGUGUGAUUAGAACUGUUAUUUCCUCUCCUUUGGUUAUUCAAGUGGAGGUAAUUUUCCCCGCUAAAAUAUUAACCUCUUGACGCCUAAGUGGCCAUAUACGGCCACUUAAUGGUCGUGCUCUUUGUACCACUUGUGACGUCAUCAAUUUAAAUGUCAU